AUGUUUUCACAACCAAGCAUUAAACGCGCUUGCGUAUUCGCUCUAGGCCUUAUUGCCACGACAAUUUCCCCUGUCGCUGCUGGGCCCUGCGACCUCUAUUCCUCGGGUGGCACGGCCUGCAUCGCGGCCCAUAGCACUACUCGCGCCCUAUAUGGCGCCUACACCGGCUCACUCUACCAGGUGAAACGCGGCUCUGAUAAUACCACAACUAUUAUCGUGCCGCUCACCGCUGGUGGUGUCGCUAAUGCCGCAGCCCAAGAUACCUUUUGCGCUAGCACGACCUGCCUUAUCACGAUCAUUUACGAUCAGUCCGGCCGCGGGAAUCACCUUACUCAGGCUCCGCCAGGUGGCUUUGACGGCCCGGAAACCAAUGGCUACGACAACUUGGCUAGCGCGAUUGGCGCACCAGUCACACUAAACGGUCAGAAGGCGUACGGCGUCUUCAUCUCGCCCGGUACUGGCUACCGCAACAACGCCGUUAGCGGCUCAGCUACAGGCGACGCGGCAGAAGGAAUGUAUGCGGUUCUCGACGGGACUCACUACAAUGGUGAAUGCUGCUUCGACUAUGGUAAUGCGGAGACAAGCAGCCACGAUACUGGAAAUGGUCAUAUGGAAGCCAUCUACUUUGGCGACAACACAGUUUGGGGAACUGGCGCUGGAAGUGGCCCUUGGGUCAUGGCCGAUCUCGAGAAUGGGUUAUUCUCGGGCGAGAGCGCUACCAGCAAUACUGCGGACCCAUCCAUCUCCUACCGGUUCGUUACUGCGAUCGUUAAAGGGGAGCCAGACGAAUGGGCGAUCCGUGGAGGUAACGCUGCGUCCGGAUCGUUGUCAACGUACUACAGUGGCGUGCGCCCAAGCGUGUCUGGCUAUAACCCGAUGAGCAAAGAGGGCGCUAUCAUUCUUGGCAUCGGGGGCGACAAUAGUAACAGCGCGCAAGGUACAUUUUACGAGGGCGUGAUGACCACAGGCUAUCCGACAGACGCCACCGAGGCCUCAGUGCAGGCCAAUAUCGUAGCCGCCAAAUACGUCACGGGGGCAUUAACCAGCGGCUCUGCGCUCACCGUUGGAUCCUCCAUCUCGCUGCGGGCUACUACAGCGUGCUGUACGACCUAUUAUAUCGCACAUACUGGUUCCACCGUUAACACCCAAGUCGUCUCGUCGUCUAGCACAACUGCUCUCCAAGAGCAGGCCAGCUGGACGGUUCGCACUGGUCUUGGCAACAGCGCUUGCUUCUCUUUCGAGUCCGUCGAUACACCCGGCAGCUAUAUACGGCAUUCAGCCUUCACUCUCGUGCUCAACGCUAACGACGGCACCAAGCUGUUCUACGAAGACGCCACAUUCUGCCCUCAGUCUGGCCUUAGCGGUACAGGCACCUCGAUACGAUCCUGGAGCUAUCCUACCCGUUACUUCCGCCACUAUGAAUAUGUUGGCUAUGCUGCGAGCAACGGUGGGGUCCAUGCCUUUGACGCCGCAGCCUCAUUCAACGAUGACGUGAGCUUCGUGAUCAGCUCUGGCUUCGCUUCUUGA